GGAUUUUAAAAAUCGAUACAGAUUUACACAACACACUGCCGCAUUAUUCGCGUUUUAUAUAUGAGCAUUAUUUUAGUGAUACAAUUCUCACCUAUACCACCGCAAUAGCAAUGGCAAAUGAAUGCGGAGUGCUCCGUUUGCCGGUGGAUUACGAGUCCAUACGCUUCAAUGACUGGUCCAUCAGCUACGAGAAGUCGCACAUACUGAAGAGCAUGUGCCAUUUGGGCAGCGACAAGUGCUGCGACAAGGACGACGCCAAUCGCUGUGAUCUAUGCAAUUAUCAACAUUCACUGGAGCUGCCACAUCUGCCGGACAUGGUGUUCCACAAAAACAAACUGGUGCUCCAGCACAAAGAUGGCGCCAUUAUGGAAUUCAAGCCGAUGGACGCGCUGGCUCUCGUUGCCAACGGCAAACAGGCCGCCUUGGAGGUGGCCUGCGCUCAGGAGUGGCGCGAGACGCGCGCCGAGCAGAACAUGGAGCAGAAAUACAAGCCAUUUGACUGGACAUUUACAACAACAUAUCAGGGCACAUUAAAUGAUAAGUUUCGCUCCGAAUUGACAGACCAGACGCUCAACAAAAUGAAGCUAAUGCAGCGCGAAAAUAUUCUAUUCUAUCAUGAUCUCACACUCUAUGAGGAUGAGCUGCAUGAUCAUGGCAUUUCCGUGAUGAGCGUUCGUAUUCGCGUUAUGCCCUCCGGUUUCUUUGUGCUGCUGCGUCACUUUUUGCGCAUCGACGAUGUGCUCAUCCGGAUGCACGACACGCGCUUCCAUUGGGAGAUCGAGAAUGAUUACAUACUCAGGGAGUACAUACAUCGCGAGGCGCCCUGCUCGGAGCUACAGACUUCGACUAGCUUUUGGACGAAUCCCGAUGAAAUGCAAAAUUUUCUACCCGUAAAGACCAAGGAGCUGCACAAGUUAUACUUUAAAUAGUUCGAGUUUUUGGGCUUCCAUUUCGCUUCUUUUUUUUCAUUUCACUGCGUCGUCUGUUGCUUGUGUUUUUUUUUUUGUAUCACCUUUUUUGUAGUAGUAUUAACCUUCCAGAAGGCAUGUGGGCAUCAGCCGAUCCUUGUCAGCCAGUGUAUUGAAAGCAAAUUGAUUGUUAAAUGUUUAAGUUGAUAAAUUUUGUAGUAGCAACUGGUUUAGUGUUUAGCGUGUGUAAUUUAUUGCCACAAACAUUAAAAGCGAGCAUCCUGCGCAAAGGACACCGUAAAUACUAUAAUUGGCUAAAUAGCAUCUAUGAUAAUUUCGUAUAGUUGAUUUGCUUUUGGCCAGGUUUUGCUUAGGCGCCGCCCAGCAGCGCGGCCAGAGCGUGCUUGUAGUCGCCCGACGUUUCCGACUGCAAACAGAAAAACACAAAAAAAAAAAAAAAAAAAAAAAAA